GUUACCAUGUAGUUACAUAAUUAUCCUAAACUCUGCGUGCAAUAAACCUCGCAUGAAAUCACGUGGGAACUAAUGAAAUCAUUAAAUAAUAAAGAAUCACUUGGUUUUAUUCUUAAGCCUGACGUGUUGCUCCACCACUAGGCAAAAAGUUGCUCAGCCACUCAUAAUUCAGAUCGAUCCACCGACGUCCGUUCAUCAAGCUUCCUUCAACCUCGCACGCGGGCCAGGCAGUUAAUUCAUUCCAUCAUUAGACUUUACCCCGACCCUCUUUCGUUUUAUCAAACGAAACUAAUACGCCCUACCGUCAUAAGAAUCAUAUUAAACCAUCGUGUUCAUUUGCUUCCUUUUCAUAGGCUACCUACGUACAAAGCUUCAAACAACAAAUUUCUGCACCCAGAUUGAAGAUUGACGAUUUGACGGUAAUCCGAUAAGACAAUCUCCAUCGAGCCCCCAGCCAAACCAUUUACCGCCACCUGCGUAUCCCUCUAUUUAAUCCUAGUUCCCGUGUUCCCGUGUCAAUUUGGACAUUUUUCAGCGUCCUUCGAUACAACUACCCGAUUCUCAAAUUUGCCAUGGCUUCUCGAGCAGGGCCUGCAACUAGAGGCGGUAUGUCCGGCCGCUUUGCGCAGUUCAAGCUGGUGUUAUUAGGAGAGUCUGCAGUUGGAAAGAGCUCGAUAGUUUUGAGAUUUGUCAAGGAUCAAUUCGACUCCUAUCGAGAAUCCACUAUUGGCGCAGCCUUCCUGACCCAGACCAUAUCCCUAGACGAAAACACCACCGUUAAGUUCGAGAUCUGGGAUACCGCCGGCCAGGAGCGAUACAAGUCUUUAGCCCCUAUGUACUACCGAAAUGCCAACUGCGCCGUCGUUGUCUACGAUAUUACCCAGUCUUCAUCACUCGACAAGGCCAAGGCGUGGGUUAAGGAACUGCAAAGACAAGCCAACGAGAACAUCAUCAUUGCCCUCGCGGGAAACAAGUUAGAUCUGGUGACCGAGCAACCCGACAAGCGAUCUGUGACAACGUUCGAGGCAGAGGCGUAUGCGAAAGAGGCAGGGCUCCUGUUCUUCGAAACUUCGGCCAAGACGGCAGAGAACGUCCGAGAGUUAUUCACUGCCAUUGCGAAGAAACUACCCCUUGAUCAAGUCGGACCCCGACAUACUAGACCCGGGCAACGACCAGGAGGCGUGAGCUUGCAACCUGAGGGCGCAAAUACGCAAGCAGGAGGUCCUUGCGCCUGCUAGAGGCGCUUCUGGAAGCAACUGAACCUCGUUGGAGCCUGGUGUAAUCAAGAGUUAGGAGUCCCUCGUAUCAUAUUGAUAUUCCUAGUAUUAGGUUGGCUGUUCAUUGUUGUGCCUUUGUUCGGAUGGCUCCGAUGCGAUGCCCGGGCAAGAAACCUCGACCGGCUAUUGCGAGACUGCAACUCUGCUACUACAUCCCCCGGUGUAACUACUGCCAUCGCAAUACUACCCGCAAGAGAUACUGGACGUAUUAUUUAGGAAGCAUGAUGGUGGGGUGCGAGAUGCUCGGAUGUAUAUUUCAUUGGGAGUUUUCCGGCAGGAUGGCAUACGUUUCUCUUUUAAUACCUGACGUUCUUGUUGACUGACUUGCCUUUUUUUUCCUCGUUUUUUUUUCGAUUAGGGAUUUGGCCACUGGGGUGCAUUGCGAUGAUGGACUCACGUAGAGAAGCAAUGCAGUACGGCGUGAUUGCGGUGCGUACGUAUGCGGCCUAGAACGGACAUGGACCGAGACUGAAGGUUGGCUCAUUACACAGCAGAACGAGUAAUGCAAUAGAAGAAGCAUUUCUUAAUAACGAAGACUUAUCCAUCUAUUUCGCUUUAUUGUUGUUGAUCUCGAUUAUCGUAGACAUAUUUAUGCAUAUCA